GCGGCAGGAAGGCGGCUUUGGCGGCUUUGGCGGCGCGUGUGAGGCGGCGGGGCACACGGUGUCGCUGCAGGCUCAGGAACGGCGGCGGCGCGGCGCGGCGGCUCCGCCCCGGUGCGGCGGAGAGCCCGGCUGUGAGCGCGGGGGGAGCGGCCGGGCGCGGGCGGCGGUGCCGGGCAGCGGCGGCGAGCGGCGGCGGUGCCGGGGAGCCGUGCGGGGCCCGUGCGGGUGCCGGCGCUGGCCAUGGGCGUGUGCGUGCCGGCGGCGCUGCGGGUGCUGGUGCUGCAGGCGGCCUGGGCGCUGGGCGGCGGCCAGGUGCGCUACUCGGUGCCGGAGGAAGCCAAGGCCGGCACGGUGGUGGGUCGUCUGGCGCAGGACCUGGGGCUGGAGGCGGGCGAGCUGGAGGCGCGUCGGCUGCGGCUGGUGGCGAAGGGCCGGCGGGCGAGCGUGGAGGUGAGCGGGGCGAGCGGGGCGCUGGUGCUGAGCUCGCGGCUCGACCGCGAGGAGCUGUGCGGCAAGAGCGCGCCGUGCGCCCUGCGCCUGGAGGUGCUGGUGGACCGGCCGCUGCGCGUCUUUCACGUGGAGCUGGAGGUCACCGACAUCAACGACAAUGCCCCGCUCUUCCCCGCCGCCCGCAGAAACCUCAGUGUCGCCGAGUCCUUAACGCUGCCGGGCUCGCGCUUCCCGCUGGAGGGCGCGUCGGACGCAGACAUCGGAGCCAACGCGCAGCUCUCCUACAAACUCAGCCCGAGCGAGCAUUUCGCUCUAGAAUUGAAAUCCAAAGACGAGAAGAAAACAUCCAUAGCGCUCGUACUAACGAAGGCGCUGGACCGGGAGGCGAUGGCGGUGCACCGGUUGGUGCUGACGGCGAGUGACGGCGGCAGACCGUCGCUGUCGGGCACGAUGGAGCUGGUGAUCUCGGUGCUGGAUGUGAACGACAACGCGCCCGAGUUCAACCAGUCGGUCUAUAAAGUGCAGUUACCCGAGAAUUCGGCCCCGGCAACGUUGAUCCUGCAGCUUACAGCGACAGACAAGGACGAGGGAAUUAACCAGGAAAUAUCUUACGCCUUCAGCGACACCACGGCCGCGUCGUGGAAGGGUGUGUUCAGAAUUGAUCCAAAAUCAGGGGAACUAAGUACUGUAGGAAAACUGGACUUUGAGGACGUUGAGUCCUAUGACCUGGAGAUCGAAGCGAAAGACAGGGGUACGCCUCCGUUAUCGGGUCACUGCAGCGUGGAGCUGAAGGUGCUGGACGUGAACGACAACGCGCCGGAGGUGUGGGUGACGUCGCUGUCGGUGCCGGUGCCGGAGGACGCGGCGGUGGGGACGGUGGUGGCGCUGCUGAGCGUGUCGGACCGGGACUCGGGGGCGAACGGCCGGGUGCGGUGCGCGGUGUGGCCGGCGGCGCCGUUCGGGCUGGUGGCGACGUUCGAGGGCUCGUACUCGCUGGUGCUGCGGGAGGCGCUGGACCGGGAGCGGGUGGCGGAGUACGAGGUGGAGGUGCGGGCGGAGGACGGCGGGGCGCCGCCGCUGCGCGCCAGCCGCGGGCUGCGGGUGCCGGUGUCGGACGUGAACGACAACGCGCCGGCGUUCGCGCAGGCCGUGUACACGGUGCUGGCGCGGGAGAACAACGCGGCGGGCGCGGAGCUGGCGCGGCUGUGGGCGCGGGACCCCGACGAGGCGGGCAACGGGCGCGUGAGCUACUCGGUGGCGGAGGGCGGCGCGGGCGCGGGGGCGCGGUCGGCGUCGAGCUACGUGUCGGUGGACGCGGAGAGCGGUCGGCUGUGGGCGCUGCAGCCCUUCGACUACGAGGAGCUGCAGGUGCUGCAGUUCGAGGUGCGCGCGGUGGACGCGGGGCAGCCGGCGCUGUGCGGCAACGCCACGGUGCAGCUCUUCGUCGUGGACGAGAACGACAACGCGCCGGCGCUGCUGCCGCCCGCGGGCGGCGGCGCGGGGCCCUGGGCUGGCGGCGCGGCGUCGGGGCCGUCGUCGUCGUCGUCGGGGCCGUCGUCGUCGGGGUCGUCGCUGUGGGCGUGGGCGGCGUGGGGGUCGCCGGCGGGGCAGGUGGUGGCGAAGAUCCGCGCGGUGGACGCGGACUCGGGCUACAACGCGUGGCUGCGCUACGAGCUGCGGGAGCCGCGGGGCAAGGGCGCGUUCCGCGUGGGGCUGUACAGCGGCGAGGUGAGCACGGCGCGGGCGCUGGAGGAGGCGGACGGCCCGCGGCAGACGCUGGUCAUCGUGGUGCGGGACCACGGCGAGCCGGCGCGCUCGGCCACGGCCACGCUGAGCGUGUCGCUGGGCGAGGGCGCCGAGGCGGCGCUGGCGGCGGCGGCGGGCGCGGGCUCGUCGCUGUCGGGGCUGCGGCCGGCGGCGGGCGCCGAGGGCGGCGCGGCGGCGGCGGCGGCGGCGGCGACGACGACGAACGUGUGGCUGGUGGUGGCCAUCUGCGCGGUGUCGAGCCUGUUCCUGCUGGCGGUGGUGCUGUACGGGGCGUCGCGGUGGGCGCCGCGGGCGGCCGUGCUGUCGGGGCCCGGGCCGGCGACGCUGGUGUGCGCCAGCGAAGUGGGCAGCUGGUCGUACUCGCAGCGCCAGAGCCGGAGCCUGUGCGUGGCGGACGGCGCGGGCAAGAGCGACCUCAUGGUUUUCAGCCCCAACUUCCCGCCGCCCGCCGGCGCCGCGGCGAAGGAGACGCCGCAGGAUCCGCCCGCCCUCCUGGACACGGUCAGUGGCACUUUCUUUCCCCCCUCUUCUCACCUGCGGGUCUCCCGGAAACACUUUCACGGUUCUCGCCUGAGCCCUUUGGAAUCGCCUCUUGGCGCCUGCGGGGGGCCGGUGCUUGUCAGGUCCUUGAUCUCUGGCUGUUGGCCGCGAGGUCCCGUGUGUUUCCCUGCGCUUGCAAUAGCUCUCAGAGCUGAAGUGAGCUUUGAGAAAGAGUCUACCUUCUGGAGCCUGGGGUUUGCUAGGAUCUCUCCUGUAAACAUUUUCCAUAGUGUUACGCUGCGAAGUAUUCCGCAUGAGCGGUUCCCUUUCUAUUUCUGGCUGAGGUGUUACGGGAGAGCAGGCUCCUGCUCCCUGUAGGAUCCGCUACCUUUUUUUGUUGUCGAGGACCUAGAAGUGAACAGAGAGAUCCAGAGCAUGAUUUGGGAUGGAAGGAACGUGUGGAAGUCUGCAGUGCUGUCCCCGUGCUUAAAGCAGGUCUAACUUCGAAGUUGGAGGAGGUUGCUGAGGAUGUUGUGCCUUCGAGAGCUGCAUAUGGUUGCUCGCUGUCAUUCUCCAUCUACCCCUGCUUGUGAAGACCUCUGCCGUGUGCGCCUUUCAGUCAUUUCUCUUUGAACAUGGGGAAUCCUUCCUCAAAGAGAAGUUCCUCCAAAGUUUUGGUCAGCUUGAUGGUGGUCUCUGAAACUCUCACUGUUCUUCUCUCUUCUCUUUAUCGCAUUCGGGAGGUGAUGAACUGCACGCAGAAUUCAGACUUUCGUUGAACCUGGAGUUUGCAUAACGUGGAAGGAAAUCCGUUGUUUUCUUCUCUGUCCCCAGAAGUCUUAACCUUAGUGCCUCUUUUAGCCUCCUUUCAUGUUGUAUGGCAUGCCCUCAUUCAUAUACAUUUUCCUGUCUUGCAUGUAGGCCAAUUCGAAUGAAUAUUUUAUUUUUGGCUGCUGAUGCUCCCACAGAAUGCUGCUCUGCAGCCUUCUGUCUUACGGAGAACGCUGUCCUCCUCUUCCUCCUCCUCCUCCUCUUUGAUUCUCUCUUUCAUUCAUGCAAGGUGACCUCUGUUGGUACUUCAUGGUUUUCUGCCCCCCUGCCUUGUAUGGCAUCUAUUUGUUCGUGAAGUACUACACAAUUAGUUUGUAGGUGGGACAGAUAAUGGGACUCUGUAUGGAUAACAAUGUAAUGAGAGAAGACCUGUUUGACAGACAGACCUAUCUGUGUUAGCAUUUGGUAUCUUUAUUUUGGUUCAGCCUCAUGUUGUGUGGCUAAUGUUUCUUUGCUAGAAUGAGCAAGCAAUUUCUGUCCGAAGUCAUCCCACUCAUGUUUCUGCUUGGCAUGUGUGUCAGGGUGGCAGCAAGCUUGCAUGGCUGUGUAGAGAAGGAGCUGUGAUAUCUUUAUCUCCGUGGAUGUGGUGGGAGCCAGGGGAGAUGUUUUCAGACCAACAGUCCCUUGC